UAUGAUGAACCGUGAUGGGGGAAGAGAUGGGUCUACAGUUUGAACCCAUACGAUAAGUUGUCUUUAGUAAGUAGUGAAGUGCCAAAUAAGAUAGAGACUGCUAUACAUGAUGCUGAGGAUGCUGAGAGGAAGAUCAAGAAGUUAGGGGAGAGCCAAGAGGCCACCCAUCAUGAAGUCAUGGACCAUGUUAGGAAACUAGAGCCAAUGGUGAAGCAGCUCUCUACACUCACCAAUCAGGUUAAAGAGUUAGAACAGUACUCAAAGUACCUGACUUGUGUGGCCAAAAUAGAGGAGCUUAGCUCAGAGAUCCAGGCAGCCUUGAUCACAGAGUCCAUGGAACGGUCAGUGGAGGCAUUCCAGUCUCUCACUCAGCUCUUCUCCCAGCUCCAACCGUCUUACUGCUCUAACCUGCUGACCUUCAUCAAGAGCACUGCCCUUUUCUGGUACAACAUACUCCAAGAGAAAAUUGCUAAUGAAUUUGAGGAGAUUCUGAAGACCAUGAAGUGGCCCCUGGUGGCCUCCACCAUCAAGGCUCCAUCCAUACAAAAUGUGAAGGAAGUCAGUCACAGGAUGGAGUCUCUCUUCAAACAGCUCCUCCUCUUACAGCUGCCAGCAGGUCUAGCAGACCACAGCACAGAGAAACCCCCAUCCCGCCUGGGAGACAUCCCUGGUUUACAGGUACAGCUUCUACCCCUUCAACUCAUGUUCAAACCCCUCAGAAAGAGGUUCAAGUACCACUUCCAUGGAAAGAGGCAGACAAACAACAUAGAGAAGCCUGAGUGGUAUUUUACUCAAGCACUAAGCUGGAUCCGUGAUCACAGUGACUUUCUGGAGAAGAGGGUUCAGCCUGUGCUGGUGGAUGCUGGCUUUUACUCUGUGGAUGCCAGGGUGGAGCUGAUGAGGGCGAUGGUGUGUGUGGUGAUGGAGAAGAUGGCUUCUGAUUUACCUCAGGUACAGUAUGAUGACCAGCUAUUUGCUCACCUGGUUGAUGAGGCUCUGUUGUUUGACCGUGAGCUCCGCACCAGCUUUGGUUACCCGAACAGUCAGCCGGGAUGUCUCCAUGUUCUCACUAAUGAGAACACCUUCAACAAGUGGAUCAUCAUUGAGAGAAAGUUUGCUGUAGAGAAGAUUGACCAGAUGCUGACGUCAGCUUCAGCCUGGAGGUCACAGUACAAGGACAUUUCUGAUGUGGAUGAACUGAAGGUUCCUGAGUGUGGGGAGAGCUUCAUGACCUUACUCAUGACUAUCACAGAUCGAUACAAGCCGAUCCCACAUCCCUCACACAAGUUAAGGUUUUUGGAUCUCCAGUUGGAGCUGCUGGAUGACUUUCGUAUUCGUCUGGUGCAGGUGAUGAAGGAAGAGUCACAUGACCCGCAGAGCCCUCGCUUUUGCUCUAUCCUCAACACAGCCUACUAUGUGGCUGAGGUGUUGCGCGAGUGGAGCGAACUGCUGUUUUUCCUUCAACUUCAGUACUACAAACAGGAACAUGCUAGCCUGUCACGGUCUUUGUCCAUGUCCUGUCCUCCAUCUUCAGCCCCGCCGAGUCCCUCAGACCUGGUCACCUCAGAUCAGGACACUGACCUCACGGCUAGGCAGCUGCUUGACUCCUCAAAGUUUGAAGGGCUUGAUGAUAAGAAGCUGCUGGCUAUGGAAGGGACAGUGUUUGAUGAUAUCAUUGACCUGUUUGAGAGAAUGAAAACAGAGAUGCUUAAGAAUUUGGUACACCAUGUCUUCCUGGAUGUCCGAGCCAGAAGCCAGCCAUACCGCAGAGACAAGUGGUUGUCAAUAUCCUCCCACAAAGAUUUCAUGCCCCAGGGACUUUCCAGCAGUGCCUGUGAAAUGUUAUUGGUUCUGAAGGAGCACCUCCAUGAUGUGGAGAGUCUGAUCAGCAAGCCACUCUUCUCUCAGUUCUGGCAGAGACUGGCAGAUAAGAUCAACAAGUUCAUAUUUGAAGAUGUUGUCCUGGCUAACAACUUCAGUGAGGCAGGAGCAGCACAGUUACAGUUUGACAUGUUCAGGAAUCUCUUCCCUCUGUUUGGAGAAUACACACAGAAACCAGAAAACUACUUCAGAAACACAAAGGAAGCCUGUGUCUUACUGAACCUGAAGGUGGGUUCCGCUCUACUCCUGAAGGAGCUGCUGUACACGGCCCUACACAACCCCAGCAAGGACCCCAAUGCUGCAGUCCUGGACCCCAAGGCAGCGUUACACGACAUAGGCGUGUUCAAGCUGACGCCAGAGCAGAGCGAGCAUGUCCUCAACCUGCGCACAAACCUGUCCACCAGAUAGAUACAUUCCUGAGUACUGUAUGUAGCACAUUCCUCUCUGCCCUGUGUGUAGCACAUUCCUCGCUGCCCUGUAUGCCACCAGCUGCUUACCAGUAGCUACCUGUACCUGCUACCUCCAGCCUUGUUUACAUGGCAAACUGACUCUACAGAUGAACGUAAUGCCAGAACGUUCUCCAAACUUUGAAUUUCAUCUAGUGUAUGUUCACAUGAGUCAAUUUCUCAUUGAAAGGAAAAAAAAUGGAACAAUCGCUGAACAAACAAAAUCAUGAAUACAUGCCCAUGUGCAUAUUUACAGACGAUUGUGUAUUUUUGGAAGAUACUUCACCCACAAUGUACGUCUUUGUAAGAUGUCAUGGUAGUUAGACAAGACGACAAUGACUUUAUACUCUUGUGUAAAGCCUGUUUUAAGACAAACAUGUUACUCUGCUGAUUACCAAAUGGUGCUUGAUUACCAAAGGGUGCUAAAGAAUCCUGUAACAUGAUGUGUAGUAAUCAUAGCCCUCAGAGGGUUGUGGUAACAACUAACAGGGCACCUGUAAAAUGAUGUGUAGUAAUCAUAGCCCUCAGAGGGUUGUGGUAACCACUGACAGAGCACCUGUAACAUGAUGUGUUGUAAUCAUAGCCCUCAGAGGGUUGUGGUAACAACUGACAGGGCACCUGUAACAUGAUGUGUAGUAAUCAGAGCCCUCAGAGUGUUGUGGUAACAACUGACAGGGCACCUGUAACAUGAUGUG